CGGUCACACUUGAUUAGGCAUUGAGCAGCGUCUGUUUUUGUCGAAUUUUUAAGUUGAUUUGACCAUUGACUUUUUGAAAUUGAUAUGGACUGUGAAAGUAUUCAAAUGAUGUCGGCUGAGGAGCCAAAAGAACGCAAAGAAUGUGGUAAGAGAGGUCGAAAGCCAGGAAAAAAAACAUCUACCGAAAAGAUAGAUAUAAAGGCGAAGUUAGAGCGUAGCAGGCAAAGUGCAAGAGAAUGUCGAGCUCGGAAAAAAUUACGCUACCAAUAUCUAGAAGAGCUAGUUGCGGAUAGGGAAAAGGCCGUUAUUACGCUACGGACUGAACUGGAGCGUUACAUGCUAUGGAGUGAGAAUUUAACGGAGAACAGCACAUCGAAUAAUUUAGAUCAACUGCUCGAAGAAAUUGGCAUUCUUAAACAAGAAAUAAUUUCUUAGGCUACAAAGAUUUGGAAUUACUAAACUUACACAAUAAUCUAAAAACACAUUCUUAUUUUUUGCUUUUUUAAUUUUAGAUUUCUUAUGUUUAAUAAAUAAAUAAAUAAAUAUUCAAGAAUCA